UUUGUUAGAAACUUUAUUACCUUUGUGUAGUCUUUUUUAUGCUACUGCCAAUAUCUCAGUGUCAAUAAAUACAGAUUACAUAAUCUCAGGGUAAAUUUUUGAAAUUUAAUUCGAAUUUUUCAACGAAAUGGGUAUAGCGAAAAAAAAGAUCAAAACACUAUUGUGAAGAAUAUCAGAAAUUUAUAAAGAGUACUCUCCAUCAUGUUCACAGGAGGGUUAAUGAUCAAAAGCAUAGGGCUUGUGUCACCAGCCAGUCAGCUAAGCUCGACCCGCUCUUUCAGUACAAGUUCAACAUUGUUUGUUAAAAAGUCAAUUCGUUACAUUAGAGCCAAUUUACGCAGAGAAGCCAAUAUAUUGAAACAAAGAAAGUUAGUUCAAGAGAAUAGCAAAUUUGAUCCAGUCUUAGGUAAACCAAACAAUGCCUUCAUAAGCAGAUUGAAUGCUGAAGCAAAAGAACCAAAUGUUUUAGGUAAAGGUUAUAAAGUACCAGAAGUUGAAAGAUUAUUAUAUGGUGCACAAGAAGCAUCUAUAAAAGCUGAUUAUACUAGUGACGGUGUCAGACAAAACGCUGCUAAACAAAGAGAAGCUAUUUUCCGUAUAUUGAAUAUGAGAAAUAGAUCAGCCAAAGAAGCUUUGAAGUUCAAGACGGAUUUAGCUAGAAAAGAAUUUGAAAGAUUUGAUGGUGAUACAGGUUCAUCUGAAGUUCAAGCAGCUAUUGCUACUGUCAAGAUUCACAACAUUUAUUCUCAUGUUAAAGAAAAUAAGAAUGAUAAUAAGAACACAAGAUAUUUAAGAAUGUUGGUUCAACAAAGACAAAGAAUUUUGAAAUAUUUAAAGAGAGAUAAUCCAGAAAGAUAUUUUUGGACUAUAAAUAAAUUAGGAUUGAAUGAUCAUGUUGUUCAUAUGGAAUUCAAUAUGGAUAAGAGAUACAUGGAACAAUUCAAGAUGUUCGGUGAUAGAGUAUUAGUUAAGAAAUCUCAAAGAGAAAAGGAGAGAGAACGUAAAGAGAAACGUCUAGAGAAGAAAGCACUCAAAAUGAAAAUACGUGCAAAGGAAACAGCUGCUCGUAAAUAAGGCAACGUAUAAUUCGUUUUGUAAAUAAAAAUUGCAUGUAAA